CUGUUGUCUCUCCCUUUUCAAGGGGACCAGCCACCCAUGUCUGAGCAGACAGUGUGCUUGUUAACAGACUGAUAGACGUGCCUAUGGGACUGCAGCCACAGGACACAGAGAGAGGCAGGUUCCCCAAGCUUCAGCAUCCCUCCACGGAUUGGUACCUUCUUAUCCUCUCCUAAAUCAACUUCUGCUAAGGGGCCUCUUUUCCACCAAAUCUACUGCUGUGAUCAAAGCCGGGAAAGUUUUGGACUUAAAAGCUACUUUUCAGGCAAGUGAUCUCAAGAUGAUUCCCUCUGUUCCACUGGUGAUAAUAUUUACUGUGUGGGCAUCCUAUGCUAAAAGAAUUCCACAGACAAACAGUGCAUCUCUUGAAAAGGACACUGUAAACAUCGACAUACUAGUCAUACAAAGUCACGGUUAUGGCGACGAGGACGUAAAACAACAGGACUUUCAAAAGCAGCACAAGAGAGCGCCGCGGGGCGCGGAGGACGAGGACGCGGAGGCAGGGGAACCUCAGUCCACCUUCUCACAGUCUUACGAGAACGAGUUCUUCACCACACCCCGGGCCACCCAGCUCUCCAACUCAACCCGGGACACUGGGGCCACGGGGGCCAACACAGUUGGGGGGCAGGGGAACAGCAGCUCCACGGAGGGAAGCAUCACAAACAUCCACAACCCUCUGUACCCUGUGACCGACAGCUCCUACACCGCCUAUGCUGUUAUGUUCCUGUCCCUGGUGGUGUUUGCCGUGGGGGUCAUAGGGAACCUGGCGGUGAUGUGCAUCGUCUGGCACAACUACUACAUGAGGAGUGCUUGGAACUACAUCCUGGCCAGCUUGGCUUUCUGGGAUUUCCUGGUGCUCUGCUUCUGUUUACCUGUGGUGGUGUUUAAUGAGCUCACCAAUAAGAGGUUGCUGGGGGACAUCUCAUGCAGAGUGGUACCAUAUAUGGAGGUGACCUCCCUGGGGGUGACCUCCUUCAGCCUGUGUGCCCUGGGAAUCGACCGCUUCAACGCCACCACCAGCUCCCAGCCCAAGACCCGGCGGGUGGAGCGAUGCCAGUCGGUCCUGGCCAAGCUGCUGGUCAUCUGGGUGGGUUCCAUGGUGCUGGCUGCCCCGGAGCUACUGCUGUGGCAGCUCAGCCAGGCGGUGUCUCCAGCCACAGGGAACCUGGUAGACUCCUGCACCAUGAACCCAACCUCCAACCUCCCCGAGUCCAUCUACACCCUGGUCAUCAACUACCACGAGUGCCGCAUGUGGUGGUACUUCGGCUGCUACUUCUGUCUGCCCGUGGUGUUCACCCUGCUGUGCCAGCUGGCCACGUGCAACGUGUCCAGCGACGGCAUACCCCAGCGCCUGGAGGAGCGCUCCCCCUCCAAGAAGCAGAAGAUACAGCACAACCAACAGGUGGAGCGCCAGCUCAACUGCACCGUCAUGGCCCUGGCUGUGGUCUACGGUGUCUGCGCCCUGCCCGAGAACGUGUGCAACAUCGUCCUGGCCUACACCGCCAUGCCCGUCUCCGACAACACCGCCGCCCUGCUGGCCCUCAUCAACCAGUUCUUCUUGUUCUUCAAGUCGUCUGUGACGCCGGUGCUGCUCCUCUGUCUCUGUAAGUCCCUGGGCCAGGCCUUCAUGGACUGCUGCUGCUGCUGCUGCGAGGAGUGUCAGGCUGGCAGCUCCUCGUCCCCCGGCGCCGAGGCCAAAACCAAGAGCACCAACGACGUGUCCUCCUCCAUCUUCUUUGACAAAGCCAAGGACAGCUCCACUAUCCUGUCGAUCAGCGGCUCCAGCUGAACCCAGCCCUCCUGGCUUCCUCUCCCUUCCAUCGCCUAACCUGGUUAGAUGUGGUAACAAAGCAACUUACCUUUCAGCAGUGGACGUUCCAACCUCGGCCUCGACCCCUCUUUCCCCCCGUGUUUCGCCCUCGGAUCAGAUGCUGGAUCUCUCCGUGCCUUUGCUUUCUGUGUUGUUAGUCAGGACAGGGAACGUUGCCAGCACCACAAACUCUGUUCCUUAAUGUCUAAUGUGUUGCUUUUUGAUGUUCUCUCGAUAGAUACCACACCCACUCCAGUUAUAAGAUGGUUCAUGUUACAGGAAGUUAAGACAUUGACUAAGUGCAGACUAGGGGUUUGAAGAGAUGGAGUUCCACUUAAUAUCUUUGUAGUGUCACCCCCGUGUUUUCAUGGACUAGGUUAGAAUAAACCAAUAAACAUUAGAUUAUUAUAAUAGGUUUGACUAACAUUUCUUUGGAGCCUCGGAGUGUGAGGCUCUGAGAUAAUUGAUUUUGAUGUCACCGUGUUCUUAUUUGUUUAACAAUGUGUUGUUGCUAUUUGGCCAACACAGACGAGAGUGCCUUAGAAAACCGUGCAACUCCGGAUUCAGCUACUUCAUCUUUUGUCAUCCCAUGUUUAAAUUAUUUCUUUGAGUUUUACUAAAAAUGAAGAGGGAUGGUUAAUUAAGACAUAGCAAAUUCAAAUCAGAGAGUUGUGAAUACUGCAACAUUAUUUGACCAUAUUAUCUUUAGAAGUCACUGUACAGAAGUCAUGGUUAUAAAUAAUUUACAAAAAGGAUACAAGUUUAUUCAGACUUCAUUUUGUGAAUAAGAGAAAAGAAGUUCUGCGACGUGAAUCCAUCAGCUGUAGUUGUCUUUAAUUUAUCCAAUAAAGGUUUGUAAUUUA